AUGCAGGUUGACUUCUCAACCAACCCAAUAACUUCGUACUCUCUAUUGGUACAAUAUAUAACUGAAGCAGCUGACUUAUUUAUCCCAUCCAAAAAACCCCACAGCAAGAACCUAUCCUCCCCUCCAUGGUGGGAUGCUGAGUGCACCACUAUGAUUAAAAGGAGAAAAGCUGCAGAAAAGCUUUAUAAUCACUGUAUGACAACCGAUAAUUUUAUACAAUUUCAAAAAACCUCCGCUCAAACAAGGAGACUACUUUCCAAAAAGAAAAAAAAUGGAUGGAAAAAAUUCUGUGAAUCCUUGUCCCCUAAUUCACCAGUAACAAUAGUUUGGAAAAAUAUAAAAAAAUUUCGUGGCUCCCUUCUUUCUGAUUCCAACAUUUCUGAUAACUCUUUACCAUGGUUAGAAGUCUUCUCUGAUAUGUUAGCUCCUCCUUUUGUCCCUAAUGAAUAUACAAUAUGCCCACCCAUUCCAGUCCCGUCUUACAUCAACAAUAAUGAGAUAAUCUUCUCAUUGUCCGAAUUACAGUCUGUGCUAUCUGGCUUAAAAUCCUCUUCUCCAGGAGAAGAUGGCAUACCCUAUGCGUGUUUAUGUAAAUUAAGCCUUAAAGGUAAAUUAAUUCUUCUCCAAAUUCUGAACAAUAUCUACAUAUCAUCUAAUAUUCCUCUGUCUUGGUCAAACCAAAUUGUUAUACCUAUCCUUAAACCCGGAAAAGAUCCCAAAGAAGCUUCUUCCUACCGCCCAAUCGCACUCUCAUCUACUUUUUGCAAAAUUUUAGAACAUUUAAUUAAAAACAGACUUGAAUGGUUUCUGGAACAUAAUAACAUCCUUGCAAAAAGUCAAUUUGGUUUUCGUAAAGGUAAAAGCACUUUAGAUAGUUUGAGCAUCCUAACUACAGAUAUUAGGUUGGCCUUUUCUAAAAAUGAAUACUUGGUGGGUUGUUUCCUGGACAUAUCAUCUGCCUAUGACAGUGUUCUUCUUCCAGUGCUCAGGCAGAAAAUGCUUCAUCUGAACAUCCCUGCGAAGACUGUACACUUCAUUUACAAUCUGUUCAUGGGACGAUCUAUCAAAAUUCGCAAUAAAGGAAUGUUAACCUCGCCCAGAACAAUCUGGAAGGGUCUACCACAGGGCUCGGUCUUAAGCCCUAUUCUUUACAAUAUCUACAUAUAUGACCUUGAACAUUCGAUUUCAUCUUUCUGUGACAUAUUACAAUAUGCAGAUGAUCUUGCUAUCUAUGUAACAGCUCCUGAUAUCCUAACUGCCUCCCAUCAUCUUAACAGAGGCUUAUAUUAUCUUAAUCAAUGGCUUACUGACCAUGGCCUCUCUCUUUCAGCUUCUAAAAGCAAAACAAUAACCUUUAGUAGAAAACGUGUUUUCCCUACUAUUGAUAUCUCAUAUAAUGGUGAAUCUAUUCCAGUUGUUAACAAAGUAAAAUUUUUAGGUAUUUUCUUAGAUUGUCAUAUGACUGGUACUGCUCACUUUAAUUACAUCUGUGACAAAUGUGAGAAAGGUGUUAAUAUUCUUAGAUCCCUUUCAGGCGUAUGGUGGGGUUCUCACCCCAUGUGUCAAAAAAUCCUAUACAAUGCCAUCAUCCGCAGUCACUUCGACUAUGGCUCUUUUCUUUUGGAGCCCUGCAACAAAUCGGCCCUUAAUAGACUUGAUGUUAUCCAAGCAAGAUGUUUACGUAUUAUCACAGGCGCAAUGAAAUCAACUCCUAAAAAUGCUUUACAAGUAGAAUGUGCUGAUCCCCCUCUCUCUUUACGAAGACAGUUUCUAGCUGAUAGAUUUCUCUCAAAAACUCUACAACUAUCAUCUCACCCCUUACAUCGUAAACUAGAAUCCUUGCUACUAUUAGCUGUAAACAACUCCUACUGGUUUAAUAAAAGCUGGCCCCCUAUUCUUAAAUCUCUAAAUAGAUUAAAAAAUAUUGGUUAUCCUUGUGUAACAUCCCUAAUUCUACCCUAUUUUGAAACCAGCUAUGAAGCUAUAUUAAUAAACCCUAAAAUCACUCUGAAUUUAAACAUUAAUAAAAAUUCCCCCACUGCAAACAGAACUUUCUACAACCUUGUGGCAAAAAAAUGGUCUGAUUGGCUAUAUAUUUUUACUGAUGCUUCCAAAUUGUCUCCAUUCAAAUGUGUCGGUUCCGCAGUCUGGAUCCCCAAAUACAAAAUUGUCCUUAAUUAUAGAUGUCCUCCUCAAGCUUCUGUUUUUACUGGGGAAGCUGUAGCCAUAUAUGAGGCUAUUUCCUAUAUUCUUUCCCAUAAAAUUCCUAAGUCAGUUAUAUUUACUGAUUCAAAAAGCUGCCUAAUGUCAUUACAGAGCAAUAUAUUUAAAAUGAAUUCCAUCUCCCCAUUAAUACUGAAAAUUAAGGAACUCAUACUAAAUUGUAAUAAGAGUGGGCUUGAUGUGGAGAUUGUGUGGAUUCCUAGUCAUUGUGGUAUAGAAGGAAAUGAACAGGCUGACUCUUGGGCCAAAGGAGCUGUUGAUACUGGCUGUCCUUCUCAUUUAAUGAUUUACUCUCAUGAUCUAAUGUCAUUAGCUCAAAUUGAAUUAAAGAACUCUUGGAACAGAGAAUGGAGCACAUCCAGACAUAUUAAAGGUUGUCACUUUGGUAAAAUUCAACCCCAAAUCCCUCCAAAACCUUGGUUCUUUAAAUUUAGCUUUUUGAACAAACAAAUCACAUCUACAAUCUGCCGUUUAAGGCUUGGGCAUGCCUGCACUCCUGUAUUUCUAGCUAAAAUUAGAAUCAAAGAUCAUUCCCUCUGUGAAUGUGGACUGGAUGAAGGUACCCCAGACCACAUUUUCUUUAAUUGCCAAAAUCACCCAAUUUCUUUAUAUGACAUUCUUCCCAACACAAUCCCUCGACCAAUGAAUAUCAAUUCCCUCUUAACUAUCCCCAAUUCCAUAUAUGUCAAUAUGAUCUCAAAAUAUAUUCAAAUGUAUAAUAUUAAACUCUAA